CCCGGGUUCUUCACCGGUCAAAGCUUUAUGGGAGAGUGGCAAUGAGAAAGCCACUGUUGAAGAAAAGUCAUAUUAGAUCUCGACUACAGUUUGCCAAAAAGCACGUGGUCAAGUGGAAGAAGAUUCUUUGGUCUGAUGAGACCAAAAUCGAGCUUUUUGCCCAUCAGACAAGACGUCAUGUUUGGCGGAAACCAAACACUGCACAUCACCAAAAACACACCAUCCCCACUGUUAAGCAUGGUGGUGGUAGCAUCAUGCUGUGGGGAUGUUUCUCAGCAGCCGGACCUGGAAGGCUUGUAAAGAUAGAGGGCAGAAUGAACGCUGCAAAAUACACUCAAAUCCUGGUGGACAAUCUUAUUCAGUCUGCAAGAGAACUACGGCUUGGGAGAAGAUUUAUUUUCCAGCAAGACAAUGAUCCGAAGCAUACUGCAAAAGCUACACAGGACUGGUUAAAAAAGAACCAGGUAAAUGUUCUGGAGUGGCCGAGUCAAAGCCCAGACCUCAAUCCUAUAGAGCAGGGGUCUCAGACUCGCGGCCCGGGGGCCAAGUGCGGCCCGCAGUACAAUAUUUUGUGGCCCGCACCUUAAUAUUAAAGUAUACUGUUAGUGUGGCCCGUGGAGAAACUGGACCUCCGAAGAGCCAAUCAGCAAGCUCCCGCGCGCCGUCCCUUGUCGGGGAUAGGCUAAGCUACACCAGCUUCGUGCACUUCACGCUUGUAACAACAGCACGGCGUGUAUUGAACAGCCAGACAGCAGUCGCCUUUGCGCUUGCCAUCUAUCGUACUUUCUACCACGAAUGUCAUGAUCAAGCGCAAAAAGAACGGCGACUGUUACCGGGCUGUUUAUCGUGUACGCUGCUGUUACAGAUAGAAGCGUGUGACAUGCCCCGACCGGCGGCUCGCGCUCGGGCUCGAGAGCGCAGGGAGCGCUCCGUCACAAAGCGGAAAUGACGUUAUGCGUUAAGACAUUCUCUGUGCGCAAUUAGCCAGCUAAACACUUGUUUGCCGUGAACGUGAAACAAGAGCGUUACUAAGCGGAAUCAAUUAGAAUCUAAUUUUCAAUUAGAUUUUGUCAUACCCCAGUCAUGUCUUCAUCAAAGCCUGCAGUGAAGAGAAGGGUUGGUGACGAGCACAGACAAUUUCAAGAAAAGUGGGAGACGCAGUAUUUCUUUAUUGAGCACAGGGGCAUCCCCACAUGUCUUAUUUGCACAGAGAAACUUGCAGUGCACAAAGAAUACAAUGUUAAACGCCAUUAUUCAACUAAACAUGCUGAGGAAUGUGCAAAAUACCAGGGGGAUAAGAGAGCCAAGCGGAUUGCCAGUCUUAAAGCAUGUCUACUGAAGCAACAAGAUUUCUUCAAGAAAGCAACCAAAGAGAAUAUUGCAGCAGUAGAAGCUAGCUACAUGGUUAGUGAGAUGAUUGCUAAGGCAGGGAAACCAUUCACAGAAGGCGAGUUUGUUAAAAAAUGCAUAUUACAGGCUGCAAGUAUUAUCUGUCCGGAAAAGAAAAGUCAGUUUAGCAACAUGAGCCUUUCUGCCAACACUGUGGCAGAGCGCAUUUCUGACCUGUCAAGUGACAUUUAUCAACAACUGUGUGAGAAAGCAAAAUGUUUUGAUGCAUACUCAGUCGCUCUUGACGAGAGCACAGACAUAACAGACACUGCUCAGCUCACAAUUUAUCUCCGUGGUGUUGAUAGCAAUUUUGAAGUGACGGAGGAGCUGCUCACAGUAAUUCCAAUGCAUGGCCGGACCACCGCUAAUGAGAUAUUUCGUCAGCUGUGUGAUGCCAUUGAGAAUGCCGGUUUGCCAUGGAAGAGGUUUGUUGGAAUAACAACUGACGGAGCACCAUCAAUGACAGGGAGGAAAAAUGGACUGGUGGCACUUGUUCAAAGAAAACUGGAAGAGGAGGGUGUAGAGGAGGCCAUUGCUCUGCACUGCAUUAUCCAUCAGCAGGCUCUUUGCAGCAAAUGCCUGAGGUGUGAUAAUGUGAUGUCUGUUGUUGUAAAUUGCGUCAACCAAAUCAGAUCCAGGGGCUUAAAGCACAGGAGGUUCCGUGCUUUUUUAGAGGAAAUGGAGUCAGAAUAUGAAGAUGUGCUCUAUUUCACCGAGGUACGUUGGCUCAGUAGGGGAAAUGUCUUGAAAAGAUUUUUUGAGUUGAGAGAAGAAGUGAAAGCCUUCAUGGAGAAGGAUGGGAAGGCUGUUCCUGAGUUAAGUGAUCACAAAUGGCUCAUGGACUUAGCUUUUCUUGUUGACAUCACACAUGAGCUGAAUAUACUGAACACAAAGUUACAAGGCCAGGGGCAGCGCGGCAGCGCUGCCUAUGACAACGUGAGAGCAUUCUCCACAAAACUUGUGUUAUGGAAAGCCCAGCUCUCUCAGACAAACCUUUGCCAUUUCCCAGCAUGCAAGACACUUGUGGAUGCAGGCACACCAUUCAGUGGUGAGAAAUAUGUUGACGAUAUUUUGAAGCUACAGACGGAAUUUGAUCACAGAUUUGAAGACUUCAAGACACACAGAGCCACUUUUCAAAUUUUUGCAGACCCCUUCACCUUUGAUGUGCAAGAUGCCCCUCCUGUGAUUCAAAUGGAGCUCAUUGACCUGCAAUGUAACUCUGACCUCAAAGCCAAGUUCAGGGAGAUAAGUGGAAAAGCAGACAAGUAUGGGCAAUUUUUGAGAGAAUUGCCCCCCAACUUCCCUGAGCUUUCCUGCUCGGACUUUUACUUUUAA